AUGGCGUCCGUACCAGAAUACUCUGCAGCAGGCAGAACUAGGUCUUUUGAUGGCACCACCCUUGCCAGCUCCGAUGGAAGCUCAACACAUCAAGAGAACGCCUCAGCUCAAGAUGGUUCGAUGGAGGAGUUGGAGGGCACUGAAACUGUUUUCUUGAAUAAAGACAUAUCAACACCAAGCCAUGGACCAGAGACCUCCACUAAAUCUCUUACACAAUCCUCAAAAUCAUCUCAUGCCUCAGAUGACGACGAACCGCGCAAAUGCUGGAUCUGCUACACAGAUGAAACGGAGGAUUCACCGCUCAACCUGGAAUGGCGGUCGCCUUGCCCUUGUGCCUUGACAGCCCAUGAGGCAUGUCUCCUCGACUGGCUUGCAGACAUGGAGAACCCCAGGUCCCGCAGGAACAGCACCGCGAAAAUGACGUGUCCCCAGUGCAAGACGGAGAUUGUUGUCGCUCGUCCGCGGAGCUAUGUCGUCGACGGUCUUCGAUUGAUCGAGCGAGCAGCAGGCCGAUUGGUUCUUCCUGGCAUGAUGUUCACAGUGGCCGGUACUUUGUGGGCUGGUUGCCUGGUUCACGGGGUUUAUUCAAUGCAAAUCGUUUUCGGGCCCGAGGAAGCUACAGAGCUCUUCGAUGAGGUCAUGAAUGGCCCAUGGAGUCCCUCGAUGGCUGUCGGGUUGCCGCUAAUCCCUCUUGUUUUGAUAUUCUCUCGCACCCGCUAUGGUUCGGGGCUUCUCCCGGCCAUUCCAAUUCUUUUCUUCACUUCACAUCAUCCGGGGCCCGCGACUGGCGAGUUAUGGCCACCAAGUCCGGCUAUGGCGUUCUCCACGCUACCAUAUAUCAAGUGUUUCUAUGGGUUGGUCUAUGAUCGGAUAUUCGGUCCCCUCGAACGUAAAUGGAUUGCCGAAGUACAGCCUCGCGCCACUGAAGAAACCCUGGAUGAUGCACAAGAACAAGACCAGGCGGAGGGUCUCAACAGAUUUGAUGAUGAGGGGGAUGGAAAUUUCCUGAUGGAGAUUGACCUACAGUUGCAAAUGGGACUGGGUGAUGGUGAUGAUGUAGAUCUCGAGUUGCCCAUGGGGCAAAACGAGGAUGCCGACGGUGGUGGUCCGAACGAACAAGCGCAAGACGCUGAUCAAAACAACGGAUUGGGACUUGGGAGGCACCGUCAUGAGAUCAUUAACGAUACCAGCAAUCUCGCUGAUAUUGUACUUGGGGCACUUGUCUUCCCGGCGAUUGCAGCUUCAAUGGGUGGCUUGUUGAAGUAUGCUCUGCCUGCGGCGUGGACAACACCAACACCACAAUCUACACUCACCUCAAUCUUUGGACGUGCCCGCGCAGGUAUUCUGCAGAGUCGCUGGGGCCGCAGUAUUGUCGGCGGAUGUAUGUUUGUGCUCUUAAAGGACGCACUGGUCCUUUACUGCCGGUGGAAACUGGCUCAAGGACACCGCCGCCGCAAGGUCCUGAAUUAUGAGCAAGCCAAGAAGCAUCUCAGCACAAGACGCUCUGCUGAAUAG